CGACACUGUCUUUUCUCGGGUCUUCAUCGAUUCAUCGAAUCUUCGAGGGGUAGUGGUCACUCCCCCUCAAAUUUUCACAUCAGACCUCUUUUCUUCUCACAUUAUUCCUUCUUCUAGACUCCUUUUUGUUAUCUACCCCCGUAUAUAAUUCAUAUUCACCAAGUUCUUCUAUCGACAUGUCGUCUGAUACCUCUUCGACCGAUACGACUGCUCUCCCAUCGUCUGAUACGGACUCGUCAUCUCCCAUCGUUCCAAGCUCAUCAGCCUCAGCUUCUGCCGCAAACCCAACUUCAUCGCCUCCACCUUCAUCUACUCCCGCCCCCACCUCCUCGGCACCUGCACCCACCUCGUCAGCUCCGGGCUCGUCGGCUCCACCCCCAUCCUCGUCAGCAACAGCGCCAACCUCAUCGCCUGACAACUCGUCUGCAUCAGCCUCGGCAUCUGCUAGCGCUUCAGCCUCCGCUUCUGUUACAGCAAGCGCUAGUACUACUUCAGCUGUACCAACCAGUAGUGCUCCCACAUCGUCUGCGGGCAUCUCAACUUCUGGUUCAUUGUCGCUCAUCCCAUCUGGCUCCUCCAUCCCUGCAGGCGCGGGUUCUAUCAGUUAUGUAACGGUGACACUCACCAAUGCCGAUGGUUCAAAAGAAACAUCUACAUCAGCCGUGAUAUCUUCUCCUACCGGCAAAUCAAGCUCGUCUCACACGGGCGCUAUUGUAGGAGGUACCGUCGGAGGUGUCGUCGGCGCCAUCCUUAUCGCCGCCUUACUAUACUUCUUCUGCUUCAAGAGGCGAAGAUCUCAUCGAGAUGACUUUGACGAUAUGAUGUUCGACCCUGCACGUGCUCAAAACCAUGCCCAAGUCGAUUUGGCCGAUCCUGGCGCAAACAACGUCGACCCUUAUUGGGCUCCAGGCGUCGCUUCGACUACCAAUAACUCGCCAGAAAUGACCCAAUACCCACGCUCUGCCUCCUCCGAAGGGUAUGGCAAUGCUCAAAAUUUGUCUCGCGGUCCUUCGUCUGCUGCCACCUCCGCUGGCUUUGCCGGACGCGGUGCGGGAGCAGCCGGUGUGGACGCUCCACCCAUGCCAUCUAUUCCUGCGGGCGUGGCGGCAGGUGCUGCUGGGUAUAGCGCCGGUGUCGGAGCCAUGUCGGCCAAGCAACGUGAAGCCUAUCAAGAACAACAGCAGUUCCACGUCGCCAAUCCGUACGGUCAAGCGAGUGGACCUAGCGGAGCGCCGCCGAUGAGCCCAACGGGCACGAGCGGAAGUGGAGGUGCUGUUCAUGUUCACCAAGAUGGCGGUGUGCCAGAGGUUGACGAUGGGCAAGUUUUAGGAAAUGAAAUCCCUCCUACAUAUGACUCGAUUCCGAGAUAAACCGGCACACGCGGAGAAUAUCAUAGCACACAGCCCUCACAGCUGGACUGCAGAAGGACGAAAGUCAGCCAGUUGAUCUGGAUUUAUCGGUGGAGAUUUUUGUUUAUAGACUUUGAUUUUAGGUAACAUUAGUAAUAAGCUCGUUGCUUCUCCCUUUUCAUCCCUCACACAAAACCCUCUCGUCGGGGUGCUUACACAUUCAUGCAUGUGCGUCAUAGUACUUGACU